GGGGGCGCUACGCGACACCGUUACAUGAACUGAACACCGGCGGGAGGAGGAAGAGGAGUCGGGAAUGAGGAAGCGCCGGUAAAUAUUUAAAAGUCACUUUUAAACCAAACUAAUGGCUGAUUCGGUCAGGUAGCAAGCCCGUUUGUACUGUAACGCUCUCAUGGCUGAGGAACGAAACGGAGCAGAGAACGGAGGCGUUACCGGGACGGACGAGGAUUACGGUCCUGUGGUCUCGGUCCCGGUUGGGUUUUUGAAUCACGUUCGGAGGAAAAGGUUGGUGAUUCACAUCGACCUGAACAACACCAUCCUGGUGUCGGACGCUGUGACCGGACAGGGGACGGUAGCUGCUUUGGAGUACUUCCUGACCUCGGUCACCUGGGGGAAGAAGAACGACCACGGAAAAUGGGAAUGGCUGAGCGACGCCCCUUCCCUCCACCCACCCAGCAGCGACGCUGUUAGCUACUACUCCCAAUUUGGACGGGUACCAGGUUUCACCUCCGUUGCCGGGCGACGCUUCAAAGGGGUUUUGGAUGAGCAUCUGGAACAGCUGCGCUGGCCAGAGGGCAUCAAGGGGGACAAAGAGCUGUCUGUUAGAGGAGAGGACGGACGGCUGUACCACUGGAUCCUCCCUUCCUUCUUCCAGCUGCUCAGAGACCUGACACAGGAAGAAUGGGAGUUCUCCAUCCUGUUCCGCACCUUUGGAACGGACCUGCCUCGUGUGCUGAGAGCGGUGUCCCGAGCGGUCAACGAGGGAGCUCAUCCGCUGUUCCCAGAUCUGCCAGAGCUGAAGUUAAGUUUGAAUCUGACCCCGGGGAAGAUCCGCUGCAGCAAGAGGGCGAUCGUCGUGAGCCGGGCCGAGGAGCGCGCGUCCUCUCUGGAUGGAGACAGAGGCCUGUACCAGUACUUCAGUGCUGUGCACGGACUGGGAGGUUUCCAGGACCACUUUGACUGGUGGGCUUCCAACAGCUUUUCCCUUCGUGGAGGGAAGCCGGUCUGGAUCGACCCUUUCGACCAACAGGUUCAGCACAUUUUCAUCGACGACAACAUACGUGUGAACGACGAGGAUACCAUCGUCCACCCAAAGGUUUUCUUGGACCCUGGUGGUUCUGACACCCGCACCGCCUCCACCUUUGAGCUGUAUGACAUCACCCUGGUCCAGACCGACCUGCUCCGGGCCAUUUCGGACCCGAGCUACUUCACUCAGCGCGUCCACAUCUGCCUGGAGAACUACGAGAGGAACGUGCAGCAUGGUGCGAUGUAGGAUGCUCUCCAACCACAGCUGAAGUAAAAAGGAAUAAACGUGAUAAACUGGAGGACGGUUGCAUGAAUCAUCUUAAGAUGAUUUAUUUGUUUAAGUUAUGAGCUGUAGCUGUAGAACCGACUGCUGUUCCAGUUUAGAGAGAUUUUACUUAAAGAGCAAGUCACCCCCUACCAGAAUCGUACUCCACUCCCACUUCCUGUUUGAAAAAUGCAAAUAAAUGCUGCUGCCAAGCAGACCGAGAGGGAGGAGCUGCUAACAAAUACGCACAAAUACAGGUUCACAAUGACAUUGUGACAUCAUAUGGUACCAGCUGAUGUCAUUUGAUACUUCUUAGCCAAUAACAAUGGCAGAUUUAAAUUAAAAUGCAGUGCAGAGUUUUUACCUGAAGGGGGUGCAACACUAACAGUUUAAGGCAGAAUAUUUAUAUUUUAACAAAGAUGCACUACAGCGCCAAAUUAUUGAUGGCAUCUGUCUACAGUACGAUCAGACACCCAUUUAUAUAGUUUAUCAGCAAAAAAAAGUUGAUUUGGGGGUGACUUGCUCUUUAAAAGGAUGACUGUUAAAAUAGUCAAAAACUGCCAGAUGUGAAAAGCCAGCUGUUUUAUUUCCCUUCUGUCGUCAUUUAUCAGAUAAGCACAGCUGGAGUGUGGAGAAAAUGUUGUUUACAUUCGCUGAGAAGCCAAAGGUCGUACCUGACUAGUUCUGAAGCUGAUUCAUGUCAGAAAGAGCCAAUUAGGAAGGAGUCGGCUGCCUCCAAAUGUGAUGUUUGACUAUGAUGCGAGCAGAUCUGUGCCUGAUGCAACCGAAUGUCAACAGCUGGGUUUUACAAAGAGACCUCACAAAAGCAUCGGUUUUGUUUGCACUGAUCUGAACUCAGGAGGUUUUAUGGUUUUAAACGCACUUUAUGCAGAUUAUUGAAGUGAAAACUGCAGAUUAUGACAUCAUAGCCUUAAAAGACUGGAAUCUAGUUGUCAUGAAGCUUAAAGUGAAUAGAAAAAGCGUUCUGGUCGCUUUUAGAAAGCGACUUUAUAAGUUUUAAGAGGAAUGCAGCCUGAGUGAUGACGAACGUUUAUUCAAGUUUAACUUGACCUGCGUCUUCCCAACAGGAAGUGAAAUACAGAAAUAAAUCAAAGCUUUGUAGCUUUGGUUUUAAUGUGUUACAAAAGAUAAACAUCUGUAUUAUGUUUACAGCACAAAGGAGGAGUGAAAACCAUCUGCAGGUUUUGGAAAUGAUCUAAUCUUAUUUCUGUAUUUAUUACAUUUUCCACAUGAAAGAUUUUAAGUAGAAAUGAAGCCGAAGCAGCAGAAAAAAAAGUUUGAGCCAUUUGGUUUAUAUUUUAUUAUACGGCUACUUUAAAGGCACAUUUCAUUAAAACUUUUAAGUUAGAAAAUCGGUUUUUAUUUCCUUUUUCCCAAAUGUUACACAUCACUGUUCUGCUAAAAGGUAAACACGUUUAGUUUGGUUGCUUUUGUUUGGAUUAAAAAGAAAACCUGGAACAUAAAA